UUAGAGAUAACCUACAAACUUUGCCACAACAACUACCUGCUGCUGGCACAAGGCAAGCAGGAAACUGGGGUCGCUAACGUCAGUGCGCAUGCGUAGAACACACGACUGUUGUGUUGUUAUCACGAGUGAAGUAGGAGACAGAGCGGUCCUCGUGAGUCGCACUUACACUUUGUGCUGGACACAAACAUGACAACACGGGACGUGUCGUCUAACCGCAUUGAGGCGAGCGAAACGGAACGGCGGAUUAGAAAGACUUUAAAUCCCUUGACUUCUAAGCUGUUACUCAGAAACUCUCCGCUCUCUUUGUGUAAAGAUAUUUAACCGACUGCGCUGUCUGUCAGUCAAUCAGCUCACACCAGCUGCAGGUUGUUUACCUGUCCGAGCGCGAGGCUGUUGUACCUCAUGCACGUGCGCAGGUGAUUGACAUUCAGACAUGAAUGUAGCUUUGUGGAAUCAGCUCCAGGCUGGGAGCUCUGAGGUGGACUGGUGUGAAGGGAAUUAUCUCAUCUAUUCAGGAAUAGCGGAGUUUUAUAACACGAUAAGCAACUUUUUAUUCUUCAUUCUUCCCCCCAUUCUGAUGUGCCUUUUCCGUCAGUAUGCCACGCAUUUCAACAGCGGUAUCUAUCUGAUUUGGACGCUCCUAGUGGUGGUCGGAAUUGGCUCCACUUAUUUCCAUGCUACCCUGAGUUUCCUGGGACAGAUGCUGGAUGAAUUAGCAAUCCUCUGGGUUCUCAUGUGUGCCAUUGGCAUGUGGUUCCCCAAGAGAUACCUGCCCAGGAUUUUCCGAAGAGACAGAUCAAGGUUUAAAAUGGUUGUAGGCAUACUCUCUGGGAUCACCACUGGUCUGGCCUUCAUUAAGCCGUCAAUUAACUCGAUUUCGUUAAUGACACUCGGGGUUCCGUGCACUGCCCUACUCAUCACAGAACUUAAGAGGUGCGAGAAUCUGCGUGUGUUUAAGCUGGGCCUCCUCGCUGGUAUGUGGUGGACCCUAGCGAUCAUGUGCUGGAUCAGUGACCGUAUUUUCUGUGAGAUGUGGUCAUCUGUAAAUUUCCCAUACCUCCACUGCGCCUGGCACAUUCUGAUCUGUCUGGCCUCCUACCUCGGCUGUGUGUGCUUUGCUUACUUCGAUGCAGCCACUGAAGCUCCAGAGCAAGGCCCGGUGGUUAGAUUCUGGCCCAGUGAGAAGUGGGCCUUCAUUGGCGUGCCCUACGUAACCUUGCUUUGUGUUCACCACAAGCCAUCCAUCAAAGUGACGUAAUCAGCCAGCACUGCUUAAAAUAUCAGACGUCAAUGCACUUUUAUAGAUUUAGCAUUCUUGAGACUGAGGAUUCAGUGGCUCCAGGAACUGUUUUGUUUGUAUUAAAUGAUAUACUUCACAUUAUAUAUUUAUAUUCACAUUUAGUAUAUUUAUAUACUUAUAAAAAAGGUUCCAAAAAUUUAAAUAAAUGAACAAAAAGAAUGUUUCUUGAAGGCCCAAGCACAAAUGAACACAACUAAACACAGACCUUUCUUUUGGUGUGUAAGUGAAAUAUGUUAUCCUCUGUACGGUUUUUCACCAAUACAAAUAAUUAAUCCAUUGAGAAUGCAUAUUAAUCAUUUUCUACAAGUACUUUUUAAUAGUGUGAUUUAAUUCUUUAUACUAGAGAUAUUUUCAUUAUUUGAGUGUAAAAAUGUUAAUGGUGAACUAAAAUCAAACCAUUAUUUAUCAGUAUUCAACCAGUAUGAAUUAUUUUCAGGAUAAAGUCAUUUUUCUAUGAACAUUCAUUUAACUGGGAACAUGAAUUAACUGGUCAAAUAUUUAGUCAUAUUCAAUUGUGUGAACCCAUUGUAUGUCUGUGUGAAGGAUAUCAAUUAAUGUAUUCAUAUUUUAGCUUAUAGUAGUUUAAAACAAAUCUUGAGCCGUGUUGUGCUGCUGUACUGCACACUGUACAGGGAAAUGUAUUGCAUGGAACUGCAGUAUAAACAAGUGUUCUAGAAAAAAAAGGAUUACAUCAAUUAUCAGAGCUUUUAUUAAUGCAUUGUAUGUCUACAUUUUUCACGAGGCAAUGUCUUUUUGGUAAACAAAUGCAUGCUUUGUUGUAUGGACACAGGAAACUCUAGUCUGUUUGCAGAUAAACCAUUCAGCCAUAACAUUAAAAGCACCUGCAAAAUAUUGUGUAACUAGUUCCCCAUACUGCCACCAAACAGCUCCUAGCCAUUGAGGCUUGGACUCCACAAGACAUUUGAAGGUGUGCUGUGGUAUAUUUGGUAGUACAAUUAUGGUAGGUACUAACUACUGCAUACCGGGAACACCUCACAAGAUCUUCUGUUUUGUAGAUGCUUAUCGUUAACCCAUUUCCCUGUUUCCAACACAUCAACUUCGAAAGCUGACUGUUCACUUGUGUAAUAAAUCCCACCCCUUGUGACCUGGCAGUGGUAUUAAUGUUAAGGCUGAUCGAUAUAGUUUCCAUGUAAUAGUAAGGAGUGUCAUUCAUGCUCUUGGAACUCAUUCUGCAUGAUACAAUCUCAUUCUUAACACAUUCAUUGUGAGCCAGGCUUGCAGUGUUUGGCUAUGACAUAAGUUGAUAUUUACGUGCCACAGCAACAGCAUCAUUUGGAGGCCUAAGUGCCUCAUUUAGAUUGAUGUCUAAAUGUAUUUUGUAUUGAUGCUAAACUAAAAAGGUCUCUUUACAAAAAAACAAAAAAAAAACCAAACAAAAAAACUAAGUACAGGACACAACAUAAUACACAUCUCAAAGGAGACAAAAGGACUGACUAUUUUUUCUGUUUGUAAUUAAGGACUAAAGGUUAAACUAAAGGAUAAAUGAUUGUAAUUUGUAUAAAUUAAAUGAUUUUUCUGUUUUAUUUAUGUAAUUAAAAUCUUCACAAUUGC